AGAGAGAUUAUAGUCGAGGGGGAAGAAAGAGAAGAAGAGAGAGAGAGUGGAGUUGAAGAAGUGAGAAGGAGAGAGAAGCUACUUGUUGAUACAAUAAUUAAGCAGCCGUGAAAGAAACGCUUGACUUCUUUUGUUUUCCCUCCUUUUGCCCUCGUGCUGUUGACGUGUUUAAAAUAGCUAUUUCGUAAUUCAUUCAGUUUGGCACUGUGUAUGGGACAGAUCUUGCCAGGGAUACGUCGGUUUUUAGAGAUGAGGAGGGAUGAAUUUACUCGUUGCAUCUCUAUCAGCGAGAUGAUUGACCCCGAGAGCAAAGGCAACACUGUGAUUAAAGAUGGAGAUAUGUCAUAUAACACAGAAACCUACAAACAGUUACGCGAAAUUCUACGUCCCAGUAACGUCGAUCAAUAUGGCUGGGUGUUCACUUUUCAUUCGAUGCCGGGACAAUAUGAUGAAGUCUACCCUGGAAUUCUUUUAGGAAACAGAACGGGGGCUUUGAACAAAGUGGCCUUGAAGAAAGAAGGUGUGACCCAUGUUUUGAACUGUGCCUGUGGAUCAAGAUUCAACAUGAUUAACACAGAUGAAGGAUAUUAUGAGGAUCUUUCCAUUAAGUUUCUUGGAAUCCCAGCAAUGGAUUUUCCAACAUACAAACUCAAUCAAUUUUUUCAGGUGGCAGCAGAUUAUAUUGACCAGGUUCUUAAACAUAAUGGUAAAGUCUUUGUCCACUGCCAGAUGGGGGUGAGUCGAUCGGCUGCUUUAGUAAUCGCAUUUCUGAUGCUGAAACACAGAAUGGAUGUCGUCGAUGCCGUCAGCACUCUGAAAAGCAAACGUGAUAUUUUCCCUAACGAUGGUUUCCUUAAACAGUUGUGUGUACUCAACCGGGAACUCCAUGACUGCCACAGAUAACUUUAUGCUGCUGCCGCCUAUGAACGACCAAUUUCCCUAUCAGUCAUGAGAUGCCAAUUGUUUUCUGCUCUGCAUGUGCAGCCAGCUGUGGCUUUUCACCAGAAACAUUCUACUAAUGCAUGCUGCACACAGUAAUCUGCUCUAGAUGCACAAUGUUUAUUUCCAGCUACUGCUGAGAUGCUGCUCGUGAUCCUCUGCAUGGUUAUACAUAUUUAUUAUACAUAUUUUUGAUUUUAUUUCCAAACGCAGUAAAUUAUCUUGCAAAUGCACUUUGUAUUGGAAAUUUCCUGCUAAUAUUGGCACAAUCUGAAGAAUGCUUGACAUGCAGGUAUAUUAUGACAAAAGGGGCAGACAACUGUUCAGUUUAUUUUUUAUCCCAGUUUUACGCCUUGGCCAACGGGACAAGGUAGUUUUUAUAUGUCCAUUACUAGUUAAUAUUUCUCAACUAUUUUAUAAACAUUCUUUUUAAUACCUCCACAUCUUUAACCUUAAAUAUUAUAUAUCUAUAUCAUUGUUUAAGCCUAUAUUGUAUAUGAAAGUCUCGGUUUGACUAUUUUGACAUAGGCGCAUAUAACACACUGAGUUAUUUCCCUUGAAUUUUCUAUCCUAUUCUUUUGGAGAUAUCAAUAUUUCCAUGCAUAUAUUUUGCUAGGAAUGCGAAAAUGUUUAAAUAUUGUCUUUUUAUUCCCCAUUAACCUUUGAUGUACUGAUAAUUUUAAUUCUCUAUAAUCACUUAAACCUUUUGAUAUUUGAAAUUAAUCAGAUUAUAUCCUGUAAAUGAAAAGGAGAAAACAAUUUCAAAAUAUAUAUAUACAUAUGUAUAUAUAUAUAUAUAUAUAUAUAUAUUUGCUAACUCUAACUAUGUUAUUAUUUUUCUAUAUGAUCAUCAGUUAAAAUAAAGAAAUUCUUCAUUGCUAAACAACAAAAUUAUUUCUAUAUUUUCUCCUUAAUUAUAAGAUAUAUAAUUUUUUACAAUCUAUUCUUAAUUUUGAAAAGAUUAUAACAUUUUAAUAAUUCUCAACUUUUGUCAAAUUUAUCGAGAAACUCAGUAUCGUCAACAAACUUUGACUAUCUUCAAGAUCUGGUUUGUCAAAAAAUUUACUGCCUUUUUCAAGAAUUCUGCUGUUUAUUUUGAGAACAUGUCAAGAAACCUACUGCCAUGCUCUAAAUCUCUUGUUCUAUCCAAAAUUCUUCAUUGACGUUUUAAUAAACCCAUUUUCCAAGAAGCGAAAACAAUCUUGUAGCUUCAUAAGAAUUUAUAACUUACCAUUUUCAUUUCCUGUCAGCAAGUUCCUUACCUUGAUCGCAACUUUGUUAACCAUUUUAGUAUUUUAUCAAUAAUUCUUGUGUUCAGGAUAUCUGGUAAUGUGUUCAUGUCAAUUCUAUGAAUCUGUGUGUUAAAUAGCCUAGGGAGCUUCUCUCAAGUGACUAUAGUAUCUUGUCAAUCCCUGAAAAGUAUUGUUGAUUUGAUACUGAUAAUUUAAUCAAGGAUAAGAUAAACAUGAAUUUAUUUUAUUGUAUUUUAUUGAGUAAAAAAGCAACAUCUCAUAAUGUAUAAUGUUAAGAGCCUGUCUACAGUUUGAGGGCCGUCUUGAGCAAAUUAAUAUUUAAAUCUUGAAAGGCGGAAAACUGGUAGAAACAUUAGCAUGCCAGGCAAAAUGCUUAGCGGUAUUUCAUCUUUAAGGCGGCGAGCUGGUAGAAACGUUAGUACACCGGGCGAAA